ACAGAGGGGUAAAGAUGUGGGAAUUUCCACCAGAUUGAGCACCCUGUAUCUCCCAUCGAAUGAAUUUCAUCAUUGAGCUCAUUUUCGGAUUUUCACCUUCAGAUGGUAUAAAUACAGGUGAAUAUGCUGGAUACCCAACAGUGUUUCACUUAAUACUAAUCCAUUGGUAUAUUUUGAUCAACUUGAGGCGCAUCAUCUAAAUCUGAGUGUAGAUACCAGAGACUUCGUACAACCCCUGAGCCAUUGAUCAUUAGCCAAACUCUGCUUUUGAGUAACAUUCCUCGGUCGUUUGAUACAAAUUUAAGCUAGUUUUCAGAUAAUUCAUCCUAAGGAUGACAAUGAUUACAGUGCGAAACGUGUUCCUCGUCAUCAUGUCGUGUCUGCACAUUCAAACAGCCUUCUCAAUCCCUUUUCAACCGCCAUCAGACGGGACGGGACUGUCUGGUCUCCCCGACGUACCGGGGAAGGCUUGCCUCGCAGACGAUCUUGAAGAACGUGUUCGUCGGCAACAGGACGCACACUCAUUGUUCCCGUACCAGAAAGUCUAUGCCGUCCAGAGCUUCAAUUAUUCCUCACCAGACGUUUCCAGUGAUGCCCUUCCCGCCCUCGAUUGCCCCAUGGGAACAAAAGAAACUGACAUCACCAGAGAUGUCUCAACCGACUCAACGUGUCCGUUCACAUACGUCACCUGUUACGACCCUGAUCGCAUACCAGCUCGUCUAACGGUGGCCCAGUGCGGCGGCUCCUCGUGUAUUGAUCCGUAUAAGAACGAAGAAGAUCCGGAACUUUCUUGCCAGCCAGUGUACUAUAACAUCAAGGUCCUGAGGAGGAAGAGCUGUAAGAAUGGCAUGUUUCAUUAUGAGGAACAAGAUGAGCGGAUUCCAGUUGCGUGUGCUUGCAUGAGACAAGAGGCUGCUAAGUUAUAAACGAAUCUUCGGACAAAGCUCACAAACAGUGAUAAACACUAGGAGGCUUCCUCAUUACUUCAAACGAAUUUAUUAUUUGGUUUGGAAGAAUUAUUGAUACAGCAUCUAGGAAUGGAAUCGGACUGAUCUUCCUAUAUUAUACACAGAAUGAAUACUCUGCAUGGAUGUUCAAUUUCAAAAACAAUUCAUCGUAAAUGGUGAAGGAAUAAUAAAAUGCUAUAAUAGUAGUAUGUAUAUAUAUAUAUAUAUAUAUUUCAUGUUUUCCAAUGUUAGUCAAAUUUUAGUUGUAUAUUUCGAUAGAUGUGUCUUUUUAUUCAGUCGUAUAUUCAUAUUGUUGAAGGAAUGAUAUAUAUUCUAAUCGCAAUAUAUUCAUGUUAAUAUAAAAUAACAUUUCUCUCAUGAUGAGAAAUUUGUGUGUAGAAAUGUAUUGAAAAUCUAUAUAUUUAUAGUUUAAAUAAGAGGAACAUUUCUCUAUUAUUGUGCAUAUUUUACGCACUUUUACUUCAGUCAAGGUAGUGUGGCUCAAUAUAGUAUCCACUAUGUGGAUUGGUUUUGGUUUUAUUCUCUUCAUACAAUUUCUUUACAUUUAAGGAAUAACAUUUAUUUCUUACCUUCUAGUAUCAGAUGUUUAUGACUCAUUUCAUGCGUGAAUGAAUUUUUGCCUCUAUGUAAAAGGGAUUUUCCCGCUUUUCGAAUCACAUGCAAUGAACGAUAAUGGCCCAUAUACAUGUAUUCAUAAGUUGUCUUAUUUCAUAGAGAAGAUUGAUUAUAUGUUACCCAGACAUUUUGUCAACAAUAGGGAAAAUUUCCCCUUCCCCAGGCAAUAGAUAAUAGAAACGGUCAUACAAUUAAACAUAUUUUAGAUAUCCACGUAUACUGUCGUCCACUGACAAAAGAAAGCAACUUUGAUUUUGUUUCUUCUUCAAAAUUUACCCUUUUUUUAUUUGGGAUAUUUUCUGUAUGCUCUAAAUGGUGCCAAAGAAAUUGAAGUCGCUUAGCCCCUGAUUUCUGUAAUAUAGACGUUUCAAAAGCAAAUAAAUCCAUACCUUUCCGAAUAAAACAAUGACACAUUUUCUCUUCUACUAUAAGUAAAUAAGCAUGCUGAGACACUCACUCCACGUGCACAGAGUCGCUCAGUUUUGCUAUCACUGACAAAAGGAAGCGACUCUUUGGAAAAUAAUCGUUCAAGCGUUCUGGGAAGCAUUUCAUCAACAUUUUUGUCCGUCAAGUUGUUAGAUCUGAUAUCUUUCCUUUAUCAUGAUUGGCCGAGAAGUACUGUUACUAUGGUAACUGUCUAAUAAAACAGUCCUUUCUUGAAACACUCCCCCGAUCAUUCAUCUACAAAGGUUCCAAGGCAUUUUUUCCGGUGAGAAUUGCUCCAAUAGAAAAUCUGCACGUUUUGCCAAACAAAACCUAACCUCCAACCCUAAUCGUUAUCUUUACAUUAUUCUGACCCCCC